UCAGAAUAUUGACUCUUGUGACCAGUUUCAGAUUCUGCAUCUUUUAAAAAACUUACUGUUACGGGACAUUUUAAAGAAAUAAAAACACAGCACCUCCGAGAUCUUCGACUUCAAGAGCAGAGCUAGAGUGUAUUUUAUGGGUCUGAGAUCUUCGACUUUUGGACCGGAGCUAGAAUAUAUCUUAGGAUUCAAUCAGUAGCUUUAGUGAAAGUUCUGUACAUAUUUUAAGAAAUCUAUUAAUGUACUUAUUAUCAUAAUUUUAAAAUUCUGACUCCGCUUCUAGUAUAACUUAAAUUUUACUUAUUUUUUAAUUCCAUCAACUACUGCUACUGCUGUAUAAUCACAUCACAUCUCACUAUCCCCUGUGUGACCCCAGCGGUGUAGGUCCCCUGUCUCAUAGCUAUUAGAACAGAACCAUGAGCCUUUCUCUUUUACGUUAUUGUUCUUUUCCCCCCUCUUUUCAGCAUUUUCUUCUUCUCUUUUUUCUUUUGCUGCUAACUUUAAGAUGUUUGAGUUAAUAUACCACCAAACACAUCAACACACUUUGCUAAAUUCUUCAUAUUUAUAGAGACACAAGUCUUUACUCAUGCAAGUGUAUCAUAAGAAUCAAAUCUUGAAUUUUCUGUUUCAGUGUCAUUGAAAUGGCAAGAGUAGAGCUGCCUGAGGUGGAGUUAGAGUGCCCCGGACACAGUCACGGAGGCUCCAUCAGUGACAAGGCUUCUUCUUGUUCUCAGUUUUAUGUCAGUGCUGACGGGUCUCAUGAAGAUGAUUACACCUACGCACGUGCCAGUGAGUGUGCUGGUUCAGUUGAUAUAGAAAAUGGAGCGGAUGAAAGUAAGGUGCAUUUGGGGGAAAUUGAAAGAGAUUGCAGAAUUUGCCAUUUGAGUUUGAUGAGUUCAGGAAAUGAGUCUGGAGUUGCUAUUGAAUUGGGAUGUUCAUGUAAAGACGAUUUGGCUGCUGCACAUAAGCAUUGUGCUGAAACAUGGUUCAAAAUCAAAGGAAAUAAGACUUGCGAAAUAUGCAAUUCAAUUGCACUCAAUGUAGUUGGGCCAACUGACAUUGAAUCAGGACAGCAAACACACGAAACAAAUGAUUUGGCUACAAAUGCAGUCCCUGCACAAGUAUCUUCCUCUUCAGGGAGACAAAAUUGUUUGAAUGGUCAUCGAUUCUUGAAUUUCCUUUUAGCUUGUAUGGUAUUUGCUUUUGUCAUCUCUUGGCUGUUCCACUUUAACAUACCCUCAUAGUAGAGUGAAGAGUGUGCAAUGUGUAAAGCCCCUGUGGAGGCAAUUGAAGCCCUGAGAUGUCAAAAAGAAAAAUUUACACAUUCUUUUCAGACUAACUUUGCAGUACACCUACUUACCACAAAGCAAGGAAAACCUCUAUGUCUAGUAAAUGGGAUUAUCCAUAGAGGUUGAGACAUCUUCUCCACUAAGAAAACCUAGAGAUGGGUACUACACUUCAAAGAUAAGUACCAUUUUCAAUGUUUUGCGUAAAUGUUUUGCUUUCAAAAUGUUUAUUUUAAUGUGGAGGUUGACUAGUUCUAAAUUCCAUUACAUGAUAUGAUAUUUAGAUUCUGGAACUGUAGUUAUCAAAAUGCAUUUGUUGUGUGCAAGUGCAUCCAAAGGAUAAUAUAUUGGAGCAUCUUUUUUUAUAUAGUGAAGUUGAUCAAUGAA